AUGGCGGACGAACAGCCGGGCUCUACCCCACCGGCGUCGCAAGACGAUGCGCCGCUGGUGGUCAACCUUCAAAUUGUGUCGCCAUCAGUCGGUGUUGGAAUCCUACGGUUCCCCGACCUGCCGGCUACCACGACAAUUCAGCAGCUGAGAGGAAACAUCCGAAACGCUCUGCCAUCGAGGCCGCCGGAUGACCACCAACGUCUAAUUCACCGAGGUCGGCUCAUGGCACGCGACACAGAUACAUUGCAAGAUAUCUUUGGCGAGGAAACACAAACAAUACACCUCGUACUGCGAGACACCGGCGACCUCCCUCCGCCCGAUGCUCAACCGCGCCUUCUUCCACAUGCGCUCCGGAAUGCGCCCAACGCCGCCGCCAUCCCCCGGCCGGGCUCGGCGCCUAUCGGUGUGCCCCAUGCCACAGCUCAUUUUGCACAUCAUGUCCAUCAGCAUGCUCAACAGCACGCCCAGCAACACGCCCAACAACAGGAGCUACUCCAACGAAUGAAUCAACUCCAACAGCGGGAAGCGAACUACCGCCAACUUUUAGCCCAGCAACAACAAAACAACCGUACCGUGAUGGGCCCCCAGAUCUUUCAGGACGGUAACGGUCAGCCUCAAGUUGGCGGGGUUGAUCCUACAGGAGGGAGAAACAGCCCCGUCGGGCAGACAUUUCGGACCGUUACAAGAGAAGGUACAGGGCCAGACGGGCAGCGAUAUAGCUUCAGGAUCGUUCUCAAUGAUGUCAUCAACCCGCCUGGCACCGGCUCCCGUCCCCCAUCGAGACCCGGGCCGCCCUCUGAUCCUGUCGGACAGAGGCCGCUUUCAGCCGCCGAUGUCCGCAACAUAAUCCACGGAGCCGACGCAACUCGGGCCGCUCAAACUAUGGCUAAUGCCAUGCAACGGAAUACGUCGGGCGUGCCCCCAGCGAACAUGCCGACUGAGCUUGCUCACUUCAACUUCAACAGCCCUAUCCAACCAAUCCAGCCAGGCGUCACAACCCCCAUCUUCCCAGGCGUAUCAAGAAAUGUUAGUCGGGCAGCCACUCCAGACACAUCGACUAGAUCUGUUAGCCAUGGAAGCGGUAUUGGGCCGAGUAGCCUGCCGCUCCCAACACAACUUCAAGGUAACCCCGAGGUGUACAUCCUCUCCUCGCCGACGGGGCCCCGAGGAUUGUUAAUCAACAAUGGUUCGGAGUUGUACACCACUCCUGCCGCUCGGUCGCUGCCUCUGGUACCAAACCUAUACCGGCCACUUGUCCCGUCCUCGUUAUUCGGCGAGACGCAUCGCAUCGAGGCCCAAAUCCAGCAGGGACUAGGACAACUGGCUGGUUCAAAUGCGGGUCAGCCACAAUCACAUAUUCAGGCGCCGCAUACACAGCCCUAUCAACCGCCUUCACCUCUCGCUCAACAACCCUACCCCCCGGCUCCGACCAUGGAUCAACAACAACCACUUCCUCAGGCACACAACCAACAGCAACCCGCGAUCCGCCGCCGGCCAGUAGCCGGUCAAGCAGCACCCGCAGCGCCGCCACCCGCAGCACACCCGCAGCCACAGCCGGCACCCGCGCUCAAUGCACAUGGCAAUCCGGGCGUGGCCCCUCUGGUGGCAGCGAUAUGGCCGCACAUCUGGCUCCUCAUUCGCCUAGUCGCGUUCGCGUGGUGGUUUUCAUAUACGGACCCGUCUUGGGAGCGUUGGCUAUCCCUCGUCCUAGCUUUCACCGUGGUGCUCGCAAUUAACACGGGCAUAUUUAACGGAAUGGUCAACAAUGCGUUCCACCCGGUGAGGGAGCAGCUUGAGGGGAUGAUUCCAUUCGCGGACCCCAAUCGGCCGCAACAGCAGCAACAACAACAGCAGCAGCAACAGCAACAAGAGCAACAGCAAAAUCAGCAGGAAGGGGUCGUGAACCAGAAUAAUGAGAACGUCACAAACCCGGACCCGGCGCAAACAGCAGCGAGACUAGUCGCGGAGCGGAGAGUCCAGAACGGGAGUUGGCUGAGAGAUCAUAUGAGGCGGAUCGAGAGGGCGGGGGUUUUGUUCCUCGCCAGCUUUGCGCCGGGUGUGGCCGAGAGGCAUAUCCAACAGCUCGAGGAGCAGGAGCGGGCGGAGCGGAGGGCUGCUGAGGAAGCGAGGGCUGCCGCGGCCGCGGCCGCAGAAGCGGCUGCGCAACAAGAAGCCGAACAAGCCGCUGCUGAUAAUCAGGAAGGACCAGAGGGAGGCGAAGAUGGGAGUCCCGCUCAGCAGCAAACAGAGGCCCCUGAAGUUCAACCUCAGCCACCGUUGGUCGAGGUAUAG